AUGAAUUUACUUUUAACAGAAGAUGAAAUUGAGCCUAAAAAGCUUCCAGGUACCUGGGAAGAUGAGGAGGAUGUUCCGGAAACGUGGGAUGACGAACUAAAACCAAAGGAAGACUCUAAGCCCAAGUCGGUGGCACCACCUAAAGCGUCAGCUAAACAAAAAAUUGCUGCAAAACGAGAAAAAAAGAGCGCAAUGAUUGCUGAAUUUCAGAAGAAACAGGAGGAAUCUGGGGCUCGGCAACUCACCGAGCUUGAGCGUGAGGAACUCAACAAAGAGCAAGAAUGUGUCCUAAUAAUGGAUUCAUUCGGUGUUGCAGAUCCUCCACCUCAGUCUUCCUCUCAAUUUGAUGUCAGUAAAGUAUCAACCAAGCAGGAUUUUAUCGAUCUAUCCAACAUGCUUGUUGAGAAAUUCAAAAAACUUGAGGUAAUCUUGCGCGACUAUUUUACUUUAAGACUUCUCCCCAUUAUUCGAAAUUCGCAGAAGACCUUAUCCGACAGAUUUCUGGAUCUGGAUGAUUUGAAGGACUUAUCGACAUCUAUUAAUGCCUUAAUCACGGAGAAACAGAAACUUGUAAAGACCAAAACGAAGAAGAAAAGUGUAAAAACGAAGUUGGUUGUUGAACGAAGCAUUAACGAUCUUGACUUUGAUGAAAACGGUGAUGACGACUUUGAUGAUUUUCUGUAA